AUGGCAGGAUCCUUUAUGAACAGAUCGCCAACGUGCCUGGCGUGUCUGCGGAGGUUGGCACAACCCUUUGGGGGCGUCAAUGGCAGCUCUAGUACCAGCACCGGACAAGCCUCCUUGGUCCAGAUCCGCGCGAAAUCGAAUCGUUUGCGACCUCGCGAUCAGGGAGUCGUUGUGCGCUUGCUCCAAGACAUCCCUAAGUAUGGCCGCAAAGACUCUAUCUUCCGCGUUGAACGAGGUCGCAUGCGCAACGAAUGGUAUCCGAAGAAGAUGGCCGAGUAUAUGACAGCGGAGCGCUUCAAGGAGCUUGGUCUGACACGAGAUAAUAUUGGAGAAAGAGAUCCCACAUUCGGCACCCUUGAAACCGACGUGGCAUCGACCGCGCCGGAGGCAAAGCAAGAGGGCAAGCCCUCAACGCAGUUCAUCACCUCGCUGGAUCCGGCUGUGGCUCACCGCUUCCUGACCACAUUGGUUCCUGAUACUCUCACUUUUUACCGCAAACCAACCCCGACGACUCCGUCAUCGCCGUCUCCCGUUUCUCCCCUCAUCGCGUACUCCAUUCCCUCCCAGACCACUAAUCAGCAUGGGCAAGAAUCAUCUAUUUUUGGUUCCGUGUCUAUCAAUGAUGUUAUCUCUAAAAUCAAAGAACUUUUGGCUGGGCAUUCGGAGGCAAGCCGCGUUGCUCUAGAGCCCGAGAACGUCAGAUUUGUGGACCUGGAAGACGGUACCGACAGAAUCAAAUCGUUAGGCCGCUGGCAGGUCACAAUCUCGGUCGGAGACGAGAUGGAACCCAUCCGCAAAGUUGUCGAAGUGCUUCCUGAGGCUGCUGCUGCGACGGGAAUUGAUGCUGGAGAUCAGCAUGCAGAGAAGGGAAUGCUCUCUGCCUAUUCAUCUGGACAAACAGGAAACAUCUAG